AUGUCUUCAAGUUGUUAUCCUGAAACCCUAUUUCACCAACUGAUUCUGGAAAAUGCUACAAAACAUGGUAAACGGGAUGCUUUAAUCCACGUAGACCAAGUUAUCACUUUUGAAGAACUUCCGGGACUUGUUUCAAAAAUGGUCACCAAGCUUUUGGAACUUGGGGUCAAUCAAGGAGACAUUGUGCUGAUUUGCUUGCCAAAUACUAUUUGGUACCCGCUGUUCUUUUUGGCAUCUGCCAAACUUGGAGCAAUCAUGACUGGAAUCAGCUCUGAGUCUACUCCAAACGAAAUUCAGUACAGUUUAGAAGAGAGUGGAGCCAAAGUGGUUUUCACCAAUGAGGGAGUAGCAGUAGAAAAUGCGUGGAGCCUGAGAAACGUCGUUGUCGAAGUGGUCCCAGAGAAUGUGAAGACCUACACGAGGGAAAUUCUGGAAAUCGAGCAUUUAAAUGUUGAAACCAACACCAUUGACUCGUUUCUCCUUGCCCCAUUCUCUAGUGGGACAACUGGUUCACCAAAAUGUUGCCUUUUGACUCAUCGCAAUUUUCUCGCGUCCACUUUUUCUCUCAAGAACUUUCUAUUCGACCAACUCCUCGCUCAAAGCUCUUUGAGAACUCUGGCAUUUUUGCCUUUCUACCAUGCUUCUGGAUUCUGGGCUCUGCUCUUGUGUCUCCUUGAGGGAUGCACUACAGUCAUAAUGUCUGACUUCCACCCGAUUCUGAUGAUGGACCUGGUCGAGAAGUACAAUAUUGAUACCAUCAAUAUUGUCCCAUCUAUCGCGAAUGUGUUUCUGAAAAUGGGAAUGCUCCAAGGGAGAUGCCCUAGCCUAAGAUGUAAACGCCUUCUUUCUCUCUUCCCACAAGUCAAGCAUUUUAUUCAAGGUUAUGGAAUGACAGAACUUGUGGUUUUGAGCUGUGUUACACCAAUCGGGGACAAUUUUGAACACUUGGGAUCGUGUGGAAAACUCCUUCCGGGAUUUGAAGCAAAGCUAUUCACUCACAAAACUGGAGAAAUGGAGCUCCUUUUGAAAUCUGACGCCAUCAUGAAGUUUUACAAAAAUGGAACUCCAAAUCUGGAUGAGAACGGAUAUCUCCAUACUGGAGACGUUGCUAUGGAAAGGGAUGGAUUUUACUAUAUAGUGGAUAGAAUGAAGGACUUGAUCAAGCUCAACGGAUAUCAAGUCUCUCCAACUGAGAUUGAAAAUGUCAUUCUGACGAUCCCCAAAGUUUUCGAAGUAGCCGUAGUUGGAGUCGAGGAUGAGUUAUGUGGUCAACUACCAAAAGCGUAUGUCGUUCUGGAAAAGGACGUUGACGAGUUGUUGUUCCGAAAACAUUUAGAACACACCAUGAGAGAGAAACUCUCGGCUGUGAAACAACUUCGUGGAGGAGUUGUUAUUGUUAAGGACCUGCCGAAAUCGGCAAGUGGAAAGGUUCAAAAGAAUAAAUUGGCUUUUUAUUAA